AACACAAGCCCGGCUGGCCACUUGGCAUCGGAAUGCUCAGCUGGUCCCCUCCCGGGGCUCAUGUGACUGCAGCCCAGCUAUAAAUACCAGAGGGGCCUCAGCCCAAGACAGAAUUCGGGCUCCCGGAGGAGACAGCAGAGAGGAUCUGAGCAAGUGUUGGUGGCAAAGGUCUGCAAAGCAGGUGGUGGGGGAGGCGGCCUCGCUCCAGCGAUAUGGAUUAUAAAUCAAGCCUGAUCCAGGAUGGGAACCCCAUGGAGAACCUGGAGAAGCAGCUGAUCUGCCCCAUCUGCCUGGAGAUGUUUACCAAGCCGGUGGUGAUCCUGCCCUGCCAGCACAACCUCUGCCGGAAGUGCGCCAGUGACGUCUUCCAGGCUGCAAAUCCCUACUGGACCAACCGGAGCAGCUCGCUGUCCAUGUCUGGUGGCCGUUUCCGCUGCCCCUCCUGUCGCCACGAGGUGAUCAUGGAUCGUCAUGGGGUGUACGGUCUGCAGAGGAACCUGCUGGUGGAGAACAUCAUCGACAUCUACAAGCAGGAGUGCUCCAGCCGGCCCCUGCAGAAGGGCAGCCACCCGAUGUGCAAAGAGCACGAAGAUGAGAAAAUCAACAUCUACUGCCUCACGUGCGAGGUGCCCACGUGUUCCAUGUGCAAGGUGUUCGGAGCCCACCAGGCCUGCGAGGUGGCCCCGCUGCAGAGUGUCUUCCAGGGACAGAAGACUGAACUGAGUAACUGUGUCUCCAUGCUGGUGGCGGGGAAUGACCGUGUGCAGACCAUCAUCACUCAGCUGGAGGACUCCUGUCGAGUGACCAAGGAGAACAGUCACCAGGUGAAGGAAGAGCUGAGUCAGAAGUUCGACACCCUGUACGCCAUCCUGGACGAGAAGAAGAGCGAGUUACUGCAGCGGAUCACGCGGGAGCAGGAGGAGAAGCUGGGCUUCAUCGAGGCUCUCAUCCAGCAGUACCGUGGGCAGCUCGACAAGUCCACCAAGCUGGUGGAGACAGCCAUCCAGUCCCUGGACGAGCCUGGCGGGGCCACGUUCCUCCUGAGUGCCAGGGAACUCAUCAAAAGCAUCGUGGAAGCUUCCAAGGGCUGCCAGCUGGGCAAGAUAGAGCAGGGCUUUGAAAACAUGGACUACUUUACUUUGGACCUAGAAUACAUAGCGGACACCCUCAGGGCCAUCGACUUUGGGACAGAUGAGGAUGAGGAAGAGUUCAUUGAGGAAGAGGAAGAUCAGGGAGAGGAAGUGUCCACAGAAGGGAAGGAGGAAGGACACCAAUAAGGAGCUGGAUGAGAGACCCUCUGGAUGCAGAGAGACUGGGGAGGGGGGGCGGGCCCACCUGCCUUGGUGAUAGGCCCGGGAGGGAGGGGUCGGGGCCCAGCUGCAAUAGGGAGGUCUUCUCUGCUCAGAGAGCAGGGACUAGAGUAGGACCCCAUCACUGUGUCCAGCAGCCACUGAACCAGAAUGGGAAACGUGCUUGAAGCCAUCACAAAGGACACUUUUCUACGUUGGUGCAAAAUGAAAUAUUUUGUACAUUUUUAAAAUGUGAUUUUUUUUUCUUUUUGUAUAUACUUGUAUAUGUAUGUCAAUUUGGUGCUUUUUGUAAAGGAACUUUUGUAUAACGCUUGAUUGUCAGAAAGAGGGGGAGAAAGCCAGGCAGAUGGAGCCACCCCCUUCCUUCCUUCAUGGGGGGGGGGGGCAGGGCAGCACUCAGGGGCCUAGGAAGGGGAAAUGUACUGUAUCUCAGGUCCCAUCCCCGCCGUGGUGGGGGUCUGAGUUCGUGUCCUAUGUUGUUUUAAUAAAUGCACAACGCUCUCUUCCUGUUAUUACAAA